UUUGACUCAAGAUGAAAAAAUAGAAAAUCUUCUGUCGUUUUUAAAUGCGAUUUCCGAAGAUUUGCAAUAUAAAGAAGCUGAAUUACAUCUUGUUAUGCAAAUGGAUACCAAACCAGAAUCAGCGAAAGAUAUUUCAACUAUAAUACAAAAAACAAAACAAUUUAGAAUUCCAAAAGUUGUUCCAAUCGCCAAACAUAGCAUAGCAAUUAAACACCAUCUAACAAUAUCACUUGAAUUGAAACUGAAUGAAUAUCUUUGUGACAUUGAAAGACAGUUAUCUGCUUUGCCGUCGGUGGAUGGUGUAGCAGAAAGUUUGAAGAAAAUAAGGGCGGUACUUGAAAGGCUUAGAAAAGCACAAUAUUUUCCAGAACAACAUGUGGUUGAAAGGCCAUACAAUAAAGAACAAGUAAUGAAAAUUAUUGAACGUUACCGAGAAAAGAUUCUAUAUCAUGGCUUUAAUAAAAAAGGAGUCAGAAUAGUCACUAAUGAUGAAACGGUGAAAGAAGAUUUGCUAAAAAAUUUCUCCAGUGUUGGAAAUUUAGAGGUCAAUAUAACUGUGCAAUCUGAUUUGGAGAUGACACCAUUUGCUGACACAGGGAUACCAUUACAUGGGGCAAAAUGCGUAUAUAGACAACAAACUUCUGAUUCUUUCUAUUUUGAUAACGAUUAUGCAACAACAGGUAGUCUAGUCAACAUAAAUGCUUCUAGAAUGGCCGCAUUAACCUGCCAACAUGCCUUUUUUAACCGAGAAAACCAGAGUGUUUUUGUAAACAUUAAUGGAUCGGUUGUUAAACUUGGCAGUAAUAUGUUUUAUCUUCGACAAAUGAGUUGCAUUCAUGACGACAUCGCCCUUAUAGACGUAAACGGACCAACAAUUCAUAUUAUUGAUUCUAAUUGUGAGAAACUUUUACUUGAUGUGCAAAAUGAACCAGCUCCAGCUGACAUCUCUCGAAGAGAUUUGGAUGAUUUGGUUGGGGAAAUAGUUCACAAACGUGGUGCAUGCACUGAUUUAACUACAGGAAUUGUUAUUGAAACUGGCGAAAUCCGACAUCGAAACUUCCCAGAACGAGCUUCAGCAAUUAUUGUCGAACCUACUCGGCGACGAAGAGGGCAAGUUCGGUUGUUUGGAGCACCAGGAGAUUCGGGUGCGCUUUUAUUUCAGCCUUCUUUGUCUCUUGAAAAUAAAUUAGAGGUUGUCGGUAUGUUGUACGGUAGAGCCCCAAAAGAUAUUUUCCAAGAUCCUUGUACUGUAAUAUGCAUUCCCCUGGGAGCAGCUGUGAACAGGUUGAUGCGUAGAAUCCCUGGACUUCAUGAAAUUGACUUUUACAAACAAUGAUAUACAAGUGUUGUCGGAAAAAUGUUUUUCCAACCCAUUUUUCUUUUUGAAUUUAUAAUGCAUAAAGAUAAAAACAUUUUUUCAACUUUCUUUACCCAACUUUGUUUCUUUUAUUACGUUAUGAUAAAGUUUAUAAUU